CACAAUGGGAAACAGAGAGUAUCAAGAAAGGAUAUUCAAAGGUUUUUGAUGCUUAUGGCUGUCUGGGAGUACUCAAAAUUAAUCUGGAAGCAACUGCAUCAGCCUGGGCAGAGUGUGCCAUGGGAUCAGAUGAGAUGUUUAACUGUGAGUCUUUGGCAAUAAUAAUGAACAGUUGGGAGGUGCUUUUCCACGACAUUGAACUGUGCGCUUGCAUGAACUGUAAAGAGAAGUGGGCCAAGGCAUGAACCUUGAGGAACAUGAUGCCACAGGUCAAACUCAUCAGAUACAGCUCUCUGCACUGAGACUCACUGGGAGCAGCCAGACAAGAUCAGAACCAGUCAAGGGCAGUGCCAUUCAAACCAAGUUGAUGAUAAUUUGUUAAGGAGAAUGCUGUGAUCAAUAAUAUAGAAAGCAGCACUGUGAUAAAGCAAUACAUCAUCAUUCAUUUUUUUCACAUGAAGUGAGUCUCAGGGAAGAAGAGCUGUUCCACCACUAGUACGAUCAGUGCAGGGAUGGUCACAAAGCUUGUAAUUUGUCAGAGGCAACUCAUUUCUUACUGCAUCAUCAUUUACAUUUAACCAAGUCUUUGUGAUUGCAAGCAGGUCAAUUUUAUGUUCACAAACAAAGUUGAAAAUGUCAGCUGAUUUAUUUGUCAUAGAUUGAGUGUUCAUUAAGCAGAAUGACAAUGGGUGUUUAAAAUCCUUAACCAUAGGCAAGCAAUUCAUCACAAUGAGGUUGGAUGAGUUUUUUGAUCAUAUAGAUGGAGGUGUUUUUUCGAAUACCAUUUGAACAGAAUGUAGAUAAAUUAUCAUUGUUCUCAGGACAAGGAUUGAGCUUAAAUACUUAGUUGUUCACAAGAAAACAAUGGAAUGUCGCUGUUAAAUUUAAGUAAUAUGCACACAUAAUUUUAUGGCAUUUGAUCUUGACAUUCUGAUCCCAAAAAUAUGACAAAAAGUUCUUGUUAAUGCAGAAGGUUCCAUUAUUAAUGACAGUCCUAUUGUUGUUGGUGUUCCAAGUCGGCAGGAGAACCAAUGAGAAAUCAUUAACAAAAUAGGUUCUAUUGUGAGUAUUCUGGUCUGUAAAAUUUGCAUCUCCAACUGCAUUUGUCCAAGAGAGAAUUGCCCCAACAAAAAAUAUCUGAUUUUCUGAAGUAGAUGGAGACUUUGAAACAAGCACAACUGUCAAGGAUGGACCCCAGGCAACCAGGUGAACAGGAGAUAAGUUUGUUUCUUGUUCUUGUUACUGGCUGUACAUCAGUAGGAAAGAUAAAUGACAAUGAAAUAUUUCGUAUCAAUGCCACUCAGUUGGUUCCAUUGCAAGAUGGUCAAGAUGAGGAGAUUCUUGCUGAACUACGCAAGUUUUUAAACUCUGGAACAUUUUAUUUCUCUGUUUGUUCUGGAGAUCAGCAACCAUUGGAUUUGACAUUGUGUGCACAGAGAAGAUAUGAGAGCUGUGAACCUGAUAACAGGUUUUUCUGGAAUCGCUGCUUACACAUUCACCUACAGAGGUUUGGAAUUGACUGUUCACAAUGGCUGCUACGGGUUAUGUGUGGUGCAGUGGAAAUACGAACUGUGUAUGCUGGAAAAACUCAAGCUAAAGCUUGUAUCAUGUCUAGACUGAGUUCUGAGAGAGCAGGAACAAGGUUUUAUGUCAGAGGCACAAAUGAUGAUGGGCAUGUGGCAAAUUUUGUAGAAACUGAACAGUUUAUUGUGCUUGAGGACAUGACAACAUCUUUUGUCCAAACUCGAGGUUCAGUACCAGUCUUUUGGGAGCAGCCUGGUUUGCAGGUUGGUUCUCACAAAGUCAAACUUUCCAGAGGGUUUGAAGCAUCUUCACCUGCUUUUGACAGACAUUUGACAAGCCUAAAGAAUCUUUAUGGUCAACAGUUGCUUGUGAACUUGCUUGGUACAAAAGAAGGUGAAAACACACUUAGCAGUGCAUAUCAGGAUCAGUUGAAAGACUCAAUUCAUGGCCGGGAGACUCGCAUGAUUUGCUUUGACUAUCAUCAAAACUGCCGAGGUGGGAAGCUGGACAAGCUAUCGGCGCUGAAGGAAAAGGCGCGACCUUCUCUUGACGAGUUUGGCUUGUUCUUUGCUAGAGGAGAUCACAUUAAAAAGAAACAAAAAGGAGCUGUUCGCACAAACUGUAUCGAUUGCAUAGAUCGUACCAACAGUGUGCAGAGUUAUUUGGGACUUGAGAUGUUAUCGCAGCAGUUAGAAUUCCUUGGUUUAACAAGCAAACAAGGAAUGCUGUCCAGAUUUCAGGAGGCUUUCCGUACCAUGUGGGCACAAAAUGGCGACCAUAUCAGCCGCAUCUACCUUGGCACAGGGGCCUUAGAUGGCAAAGCCAAGGUGAUCAACAAGCUACGAGAUGGUGCACGCUCAGUCCACAGAACCAUCGUCAACAAUUUCUUGGAUGGAAGCAAACAAGAGGCCAUUGACAUGUUGUUGCUAGGCAACGCAUUUGUUGGAGAGUUGGGUGAAAGGGCACGUGCGUUGCUGUAUGCUUCGUUUCUUCACUCAUCACCCAUGAUCCUACGGGAGCUGUGCGAUCGCCAUCUUGAAUACACCACGUGGUCCAAUCUACGGGUCUGUGUCGGCACAUGGAAUGUAAACGGAGGGAAACACUUCCGGAGUAUCGCUCACAAACACCAAACAAUGCAUGAUUGGCUGCUAGAUUUUCACGAAACACUUCCGGACAGCGGUUAUUCAGAAAGUGGUGAUGUCAAUUUUAAAGUACCCACAGAUGUUUUUGCUAUAGGCUUUGAGGAGCUGGUUGACUUGAAUGCAUCAAAUAUUGUUUCAACCAGUUCAAAUCAGCGUAAGGAAUGGGGCGAGGAGCUGCGCCGUAUCGUAUCACGUGAUCAUGCGUAUGUUCUGGUGACAUGUGAGCAGCUGGUUGGUGUUUGUAUGUUUGUGUUUAUUCGGCCUCAUCUGGUCCCAUUCAUCAGAGAUGUGGCUGUCCAUUCUGUGAAAACAGGCCUCGGGGGAAGUGCUGGGAACAAGGGAGGCGUGGCCAUCCGUCUGUUACUUCACGCCACUUCCAUCUGUUUUAUUUGCUCACAUCUGGCUGCCGGUCAGUCGGGUGUGAACGAUAGGAACAGUGACUAUCACGAUAUUACAUCAAGGAUAGCUUUUCCCAUGGGUCGCAGCUUGACCUCACAUGACUAUGUAUUCUGGUGUGGAGAUUUCAACUAUCGCAUUGAUCUGCCAAUAGACGAAGUGAAAGAACUGAUUAAAAACAAGCAAUGGGAAGAACUUUUAAAGGAAGAUCAACUUAUCAAACAAAGGAAUGAACACAAGGUCUUCUGCGCCUUUCAUGAAGGAAAAAUUGCGUUUGCUCCAACUUACAAGUACGACUUAUUUUCUGACGACUACGAUACAAGCGAGAAGAUGCGUAUUCCUGCCUGGACCGACCGCGUACUUUGGAGACGGAGAAAGCCUCGGUACAAGUCAACCACAUUAGUACGUAAACAUGUGUCUGCGCAGCAGAAUCAAUUGGAACGGGGGUAUGAAUCACUCCUGAUGGGAGGGGGGGACGGGGAAGAUGAUGAUAGCAACGAUGAGGAUGAGGCAGACAAAGGAGACGAGAAAGGCGAAAUUAAGCAUCAGGAUGAAAAUGAAGACAAGAAAGGCGACAAGGCACAUGAAGGGGGAGGAAUUAAUUUCUCUGCGGGAAAAGUUUUAUACUACGGCCGGGCUGAGUUGAAAACCUCAGAUCACAGGCCAGUUGUUGCCCUCGUAGAGAUUGAGAUACAGCAGGUUGAUUGGAAGAAACAGUGUGACGUACAUGACCAUGUCAUGAGAGCAAUGGGUCCUGCCGACCCUACUAUUGUGGUUACGAGUGACGAUGCAGCUGAAGAGGAUGCUGGGAUUGAUGUGUCGGAGCUUCUUGAUGCCGUGGAGCCUUAUGGGACGGUUGUAUUAGUGAGGGUGGUCGAUGACGAAAUCUUUUUGACUAUGGAUGAUGGGCGGAACGCUUUGAAAGCUUUAGAGCUUGACGGAAAAGAGAUAUCUGGUAAAACAGUGCAAGUUUGUCUUAAAUCUGAAUCGCUCUUAUCCAAAACGGACCUUACAGUUCAAAACCUUGUCUCCCACGAGUCCUCAUUCAGUGGUAACUCUGAAGAUUACAGAAAUUUUACGUUAAAUCCUGUCAGAGGUCGGGCGCUGUCAGAUCUGUUGUCGUCCUCCUCAGAAAAGCAGUCAGUGGACUUACCUGUCCUGGAACCAAUCAGGAUUCAUUCAACAGAAGCUUUGGAUGAUGAAAAAUCCGAGAGUGAACCGGAAGACGAAGGAAAUUAUGCGGUAAAUUAUGAUAGUGACGAUGAUAGCGAACCCGAAGCAGACCGUGAAAUGAAGAAGACCGGCAACGAAGGCUGUGACGAAGGCUCUAAACGUGACGACAAUCAAAAGCCUGGACCUAAACGGCCACCACCACCUAGGCCAGUGCCUGCGAGACCCAAACCUCCAGUAAAAGCCUUAGCUCAGGUCAACAAAGUCGAGGAGAUCCUUGAAGCUUCUGCACCUGUUGACGCCGGCCAAUCUGUGGCAGGUGGGGCCCUUGAUGAUUUUGAUCCCUUGGUGAAGGAAUCUUUAAAACCUUCAAAACCCAGCAGACCUGCGCCGCCAAAACGACCAGCCCCUCCGAAAAGGGCCGUUGGUGGCCCUAAAGCGCCUCUCUCUGAGGCCCUUCCGGAGGGUCCUAAACCCAAGCCUAAGCCUAAAGUGGACGUCAUUCAUGCAUCCGCCAAGAAAGGCAAACAGGGUCCUGGUAUUGGUGUUCCAUUUAAUGUUCAACAUGUGGCUCACAUUGGCGCUGAUAACGUGCAGGCUUUGUUGCUUGCAGCCAAAGAUGAUCCUAAACUACUGCCAUCAUUUUUGCUGCCUGAUGGUGUUACCAGUGAAAAAGAGGAUGAUGGAAAAGGCGAAAAUGGUCAACCUUCAACACAGCAGACGUCACAUGACGAAGAUAAAAGUUCAGAUUCGGUUCUCCCUGGUUCAAACACACAUCGUGCUACGGCUGAUAACGAAGAUGAGCUAAUUAAAAGGGCUUCAUCUCUUUCCAAACCAACUCCUAUGCCCAGGCCUCGUUCAAUUGUAUUUGAAAAAGACCCUAAAAAUGAUAUCAGAGUCGAAGAGACAGCAGUGAAACCGGUAGCACCUCCGCGGACAAAAACCAAGUCAUCAGGAGUGGCAGUCACUGAAAGUAAUCAACCUGCCAUGAAAGUACCUAAACCGGAACCUCCUCAGAGACGGGACCUUAUCCCUUCUCCACCUUUGAAACCCAAACGUAAACCGGUCUUCAAUGAACUUCCAAAUGAACAGAAAAAUUAUCUUUCAGUCUCUGACAGCAACUCAUCUAAAAUGACUUAUAUGUCCAGCGAAAACAUUAGUUUUACUGCGCCAGACUUCCAAGUAGGUGUGUCUGGGGAAGACUCUUCUGAAGAACCUUUCUUGAAGGUUGACGCCAAGGGAGCUCCACCUCCGAUCCCCCGCAGAGUUGAUUUGGAAUAGGUUUUUUAACUGCAAUGUACAGUACCUCUUAUGGAAUCAAUGAACAUAUUUUUGAUGUUGUUUUAUUUUGAAGAAGUUAAGGGAACUCGAGAGGGAGCCAAAGGGGAUAUGGUAGUAAUCCGAGAAAAAUGAAAAAUUUUGGGGUAUGAUUUAGCAUGAAAAUGA